UGGAGCCCGCGGCACUGGAAGGGCUCUAGCUGCCCGGAGUCCCGGGAGGCGGACUUGGCACCGCCACCUCGCCGAGGUCUGGGCAGCUCCGAGCAGCCAUCCCCCUUCUCCGCAUGGAGUCUGCGGAGCGCGGGCAGGCGGCGCGGGACCGGGUCCCCAGGGUUGACCCAUAUGGGUUUGAAAGGCCUGAAGAUUUUGAUUAUGCAGCUUAUGAAGAAUUUUUUUCCACCUAUCUGGUGAUACUCACUAGAAGAGCGAUAAAAUGGUCUAAACUUCUGAAGGGAAGUAAUAGUAUCCAGAAAAGUAUGACAGUGAAGCGCUACAUCCGGAAAGGCGUUCCACUCGAGCACCGGGCCCGCGUCUGGAUGGGGGUGAGUGGAGCCCAGGCCCGGAUGGAGAGGAACCCCGGCUACUACCACAGACUUCUCCAGGGAGAGAGGAACCACAGCCUGGAGGAGGCCAUCAGGACAGAUAUGAACAGGACCUUCCCAGACAACGUAAAAUUCCGCAAGAGCGCAGACCCCUGUUUACAGAAGACCCUGUACAAUGUGCUCUUGGCCUAUGGGCACCACAACCGGGGUGUGGGGUACUGCCAGGGAAUGAAUUUUAUAGCGGGAUACCUGAUUCUUAUCACAAAGAAUGAAGAAGAAUCCUUUUGGCUGUUAGACGCUCUUGUCGGAAGGAUACUGCCUGAACUACCGGACCACACAGGCCCAGCUAUGACAUCGAUUUCACAGAAGAGGACACUUAAAGCCCGAGUCCCACAGCUGUCUGCGGCAGACCCAGGUUCACGUCCACGGCUCUGUGACACUAAGACCUUGGCAUGGAAGGUGACUCUGAGCGGUGCCGUUAAAGAAAGGGGAAUCUGGGAAGAUAGAGGGGACUGGGGGCGCUCCUCAUGCUCUGGUGCUGCUGUUAAUGAGGGUUCAGGAGUGGGUAUGCAGAGGCCAGGGGAACAAAGCUGCCCACGAGGAAAGGAAAGGUGGAGAGGUCUCGAGCGUGAGGGGAGAGCCGAGAGGUGGAGAGGACGUGAGCAGGCCCAGCUUCCACGUGAAGGCCCGAACAGCAGCGAUGGGGAAAUUACGAGGAAGAGGGAGUCAAAACUUUCCAGAUGAAAUAUUGACAGAGCUCUGUAUCACGUCUACCGUUUGUUUCAGUUAUGUCCUCAGACUAAUUGCAACGACUGUUUAUAUCCAUGAUCGGUUCAGUUCUGGGGGUGUGGGAAACAUCAGUGAACCAGACACAGAAGGUCCUGCCUUGUGAAGUGCCUGUUGCAGGAAAGAGGUCAAACAGUGAGCAGCUGCAACCACAAUCCAACCCAUAAUAAAUAGGUAAACGGCGUAGUGUUCAUGUUCACAUGCACAGACUCCGCAAAAUGCCCCAAGACUAAAAAUUUACCCCCCUAAGUGGAGGGCAAGGAAAGACCUAAGAAAGAGGCUGGCAAUUGAUAGUUUAUUAAGAGAAACUUAUGUUUGAGUCAUGUCUUCGGCGGCUGCAAGACAAAAUGGGUCCCUGUGCCCCUCGGCAGGUGGCAGAGAAUUCCACAGGGUGGAAAGGGGAGUGGUCUCGGGUGCUGGUACGGGAAUGCCUCCAGGCACAGGAAGUUACUUUACAUGCUUGACCAGGUCUGGGCAGCAGCCUGUUCCAGGGGCCAGCACUUGGUAGGAGGCAAGGGAGGGGAACUGAUUUAUAUCAGGGUGAAUGUCGAUUGUGAUCAGACGGCCUCUAAAGACGGUUUGCAGAAAGCAGCCUCCGUUCUGGCCUGAGUCCAGCGUGAGGGACAGAGAGCGGUCAUGAUGGAACAGUCUCUCCUCCACGGUUAGUAAAGCAAAUUUAGCUGCGUAAAUUUGAAGACAUAGUUGGCUUUAUUAAAUGAUUAAUUAAUCAAGCAACAACUCAGCUAAUAAGUAGAUACUAUGAGUGGUUAUACAGGAUGGAAGGCUUUUAUAGGAAGAAAGGCAGGACAAAGAAAUCAUCAGCAAGGAAAAAAUGAAAGUCCAUUAAAGGAAGGUAAGCAUUCAGGUGAUGAUGGCUUCUCAUUGGCCGAGCUGUGACGUUUCCAUUGUCUAGGCUUGUUGCUGGGUAGAAGGAAAACCUUCCUUCCUCCUGCUGGGUAUUAAAGUGGUAAAGAGUUGAGGUCUGCAGUUGAGGUCUUCCAGUUUGGGGUGGUUGACCUCAUGUGGUAGGGUGUGAUAGCUCUCUCUACAGGCCUCCCCAACUCCAAUUUUAGUUGAGGUUUCCUUUAAAAUUCACAAUAGAUUACUAGCAGGUGAUAAGUGCGUACCUGGAAAAGUAAAAAAGCAGAACUCCAGAUUGUUCCUGAAAUGUCGUGUCCUGUCAUUAUUAGGCUCUGUCAGAGUAAACUGUAGUGCCAUCAGGUCUUGAUUUCAAAAAUGAAAGAAAACAUCAAAAAAAAAUGUCAGGACUGUGAGGGAAGAAAAAGGAAUUAUCCUUGUCAUUGCAGCUGUCCACAUGCAGAGAGGCAGCCGUGUGUCCUGUAAUUAUAAGGACGACUUGAGAGCAAAGCCAAGCCAAGAAGGCUUGAGAGAAGAAUCCUGGAGAUUUACUACAAUGCUGUGGUGAUUAAAAUCGUGUGCUAUUAGCUUACUGAUGCACACAU